AUGGACUUCUUCGCCGGCUGCAUUGGAGGUAAUGCUGCUGGUGUUCUGGUCGGCCAUCCGUUUGACACAGUGAAGGUGAGACUGCAGGUCCAGAAUGUUGACAAGCCACUGUACCGAGGAACCUACCACUGUUUCCAGUCCAUCGUUCGCCAGGAGUCAGUUUUUGGCUUGUACAAAGGCAUCGGCUCUCCAAUGAUGGGUCUGACGUUCAUCAACGCCAUUGUGUUUGGAGUCCAAGGGAACACAAUGCGCCUGCUGGGGAACGACACGCCCCUGAACCCGUUCCUUGCCGGGUCCGCUGCUGAGGCCAUCCAGUGUGUUAUCUGCUGCCCCAUGGAGCUGGCCAAGACGCGCAUGCAGAUGCAGGGCACCGGCGAGAAGAAGUCCUCGCGGAGGUUGUACAAGAACUCUCUGGACUGCCUGGCACGCAUCUACAGGCGCGAGGGCGUCCGUGGCGUGAACCGCGGGAUGGUCACCACGCUGAUCCGGGAGACCCCUGGCUUUGAGGUCUACUUCUGGUCCUAUGACAUGCUGACCCGCGGCCUGGGCUGCGAGCCCAACGACAGAUACAUGAUCCCCAAGUUGCUGUUCGCCGGCGGCAUGGCCGGCAUCGCCUCUUGGCUCUCAACGUAUCCGGUGGACGUGAUCAAGUCCAGGCUGCAGGCGGACGGAGUGGGCGGAGUCAACCAGUACAGCAGCAUAGCCGACUGCGUGCGCCAGAGCGUCAGGAAAGAAGGCUACGUGGUUUUCACCAGAGGCCUGACCUCCACGCUGCUGCGGGCCUUCCCGGUCAACGCCGCCACCUUCGCCACGGUCACGCUCGUGCUGAUGUACGCGCGGGGGGUGGAGGAAGCUCCCACGGAGUGCGAGCCGCCGCCGCCGCAGCAGGGCCUGCACACACAGACUAAGUCACAGGCCCAACCCUCCAGCCUUUGA